AAUACAGGAGACAGGCUGGUGGUCCAGAGCGAGAUCGCCUCGCUCAGAAAGAUGGGGCUAGCUGGGUUAAUCGUAUGAUAAUGACAGGAGUGAUAAAUGAUCCUGCCAUUAUUUUAAGAGCUUUCGAGCAUCUCCUCUUUCCUUGUGCCACUCACCUGGUGUCUUUCGAGGAGCUACACAAUUUCGCUCACCUGCCCGGGGGACAGCUUGCUCGUUAACAAGAAAGACCAGACCAGCUGCCAUUGUGUAUUGAGGAAUUAACCACUCCCAGGAACUGAGGAAUUGAUGGGAACCAUCUGGUUGUAAUCAGAAAGAAAAACACCAAGUAAAACAACAAAGGGUCCCUCCAUUGGAGGUCCCUUGGGGCGCAGGUGCACUUUUGUCUGCAGUUGCACAUUCUAUGGUUCACAUAGUGUUUGCCAGGUCGAAGAGUUGGAUACCUGAAUGUAAUGGAGAACUGGAAGUAUGGCUUUGAUCAUCUAGUUUGCAGAAUGUAAAGUGUGUUUGAGCGGUGUUCGGCGCGGAGAUGAUGACCAGUGAUGUUGACAAUGACUACAAGGCGCUGGAGAACUACAUCCUCAAAAUCCAGGGGGAAAUAUGUGAGGCCAUAUCAAAUGUUACCGAUGACUUAAAACGUGAAAUUGCCGAGGAUGUACGUGUUGAUAACGUGACCAAUCAGAAGCCAGGUAACAAAAGCGAGGAAUCUAACAACAAUUCCCAAUGGAUAAAUUCAAAUCAUUCAAGUGGCGGAGAAAAGGAUAGUUGUGUCGUGGAAGAGGGUAGCGGUCGCCCGUCGCGGGAGUUGAGUCGGCAGUCCAGCAAGGAAGGAUAUCGCUACUGUUGCAUUGACAGUGACUGCUGUGAUAAAGAGCCAGACGCAGAGCAGCAUCAUGGAGACAAAAAGGAGCUGGUGAUCACCAAUGAAGACGGUACGACGUCAUCAUGUCUCCCGUCUGUCGAUCGCACAGAGCAGAUGAUCAGUCAUGUGAUCAACCAGCAACGGACAAAAAGAAAGAGCCAAUCAGAAAGCAGUGAUGAUGGUGGGAGUCAGAAGAACAGCCAAUCACGAUGCAGCAAAGACAUAGCAGACGUGUCUGAUAGUGAGAAUAGUUCCACAGAUUUUGGUUGUCAAGUUCCACCAAGCCCAAUCAAGAUAUGUAAAGAAUAUAUCUCUAAGAAUUAUCCAAAAUGUAAAUGUGGUCAGAUAAAGAAAAACUGUAAAUGUGUUUCCGAGAAACAAAAUGGACGUGCUGACACAGCUGGGAGGAAUUCAAUUGGAUGUCAGACAGUCUCAUCAAAAGAAGAAGUAAAAGAUGUAGAAAAGAUGUCGAAAAGCAUACAAACCAAAGAUAAACUGUUAACUUUGCAUAAACAUGGAAGAGUUUCAAGAGCUACCCAGACACACAGGAGACUCAGGUCAGCCCUGAUGGAAUCGGGGAAGCAGGGAGUCCCGACGAGGUCAAAGUCAUUUGAAGGAACCCGGGAGAUCGUCACCAGAGUCAACCCCCGUCAAAGGAAGUCUUCUGAUAGCGGUCUUCCGAAUAAGUUCAGUGGAGAGCUCACCAUUGCUAUUGAUGAAAAUAUGCAGAGUUUAAUGGCCGAUAAAUCUCCAGAGAUGCAGGUUGUUGUCAACUCUUCAACUCCAGUCCUGGAUCGCAGACGCCAAUUUAGACGAGGAAACUCAAUCGAAAAUGGCAAGAAAAUAGCAGAAGCAAGUGAAAGAUCAAAAGUUGAUCCAAUUCAAAAUGUGCACUGUAAGACAUCGAUCAAUCAAAAGAUGAAGCCGAGUUGUGAGAACUGGCCUCAGAAGCAACCAGUUGAACAAAAUGGCCGUUCACCUCAAACUCAGCCUCGCCAUCUGAUGAAGAAACUAGUGGAAGAAAGCAUAAUAAUCAGCCCUGAAAUGUCAAGGACAUGGCACGGAAUUACUGGGAGUGGUUUUUCAAAACCAUUAGCACCAAAGAUGGGUGUUGGUAUGGUCAGUUCUGAAAGUGCCCCCCACUUCACUUUGCUCAACAGACGUAACGCUAGUUUUGCUAAUAUUGGCAAUGGCAUGAUGACUAUGGGUCAAGGUCAAGUUCAUCGAAGUUUACCCCACAUUUCAAAAUCAUUACUCGAUGCCAUGCAUAAAAGGUAUUGUUCAUAUCAGUAUUCUCAACAGCGCCACCUACUGGCUCCAGGAGGACCACCGGUUAGUAUUGAGCCAGUGCAAGUAUUACAGCUGCCCCCACCCAUCCCCCCACGGGGGACCCCUGUUGAUUCGGACACGCCCAUCUCGACCCCGGGGAGCAGCCACCAGUCCUCUCCUCGCUCACAACACACACUCAAAGGGGAGGGAACUCCGGACAGCACACCUACGUUGCACAGGAAACUGAAUGCUGGACUCAGCGAGCGGCGACAAGCAGAAAUCGAGGCAAUAGAAGCAUGUAAAUGGCUGCGAGCGGCCGGCUUCCCCCAGUAUGCUCAGAUGUAUGAAGACGGACAGUUUCCAGUGGAUAUUGCCGUUGUUGAGAGAGAUCACGACUUUCUGGACAGAGACUCCAUCCAGUCACUCUUCAGACGUCUCAACACCCUCAACAGGUGUGCUGUUAUGAAGAUAGAUGCUCAUCCACAUAAAGGGCAUGAAGAUUCAGAUGAUGAGGAUCUGUGUGCACUGAGCAGCCACUGGGAAUACCAACAGAACGUUCGCCGGUGGUCCAGGAAAGAUCUUGAUCUGGAUACCACUCCACCGACAGUCAAGUCCAGUCUGAGCCACGAUAGCCUUCUUGCUGACCAGGACAGCAGUAGUCCUCCAGACGACAGUCCAGUCCUCGACAGCAAGAUGCCACAUGUCGGCUACACGCUGUCUGACCGGAAGACAUCAACUCCAGAAUCGAACGUCAUCAUCAGUCCACGAUUGCGGAGAGCAGCCAGUGAGAGAAUCCGAAGUGCCAAGAACCUCUUAAAGAAGAUGGAGAGUUUUAAGACCAAGAGGAAUAAGAAAUUUUCCUCCAAAAACAUUGUUGAAAUCAGUAGCCCCGUUGUGGCAGACCGUGUACACAUGCAAGCAAAGAUUCAGCAUUUGAACUGUGUCGAUAUCAGUCCAACAUCAGAACUGCCUUCUUCCCAUCUUCUGGGCUCUCCAAUUAGUGAUACCAUGUCACCAGCAAGGUCGCCGGUUCCGACAGACGCAGACACCUCCCUCUCAGACAGUUUGUCUCCGGUGCCAGCACACCCUGUGUUGGAGAGAUCUGUGAGUGAUAGUGAGAAAUCUAGAAACUCUACGUUCAGUGAGUACUAUACGGCACAUUCACAACUACUGCAAAGCUUGGACUCGGAGCAGAUUCGGAUACACCAAAGCGUCCGACGGAACAAUAGUGAUACAAAUCUUAUGGAAAUAUUCCUCCUACCUCAUGACCACAAACCUGGAAGUUUUCCCAAACGCCUUCAAAAUGGAUAUAUCGACACUUGCGAAGGUCAGGGAAUCAACUAUCGUACAGGGAGUUUCAGUCUUGGUCGGGAUGGAAGUUACACACAAGAUCCAUUUGUGGACCACAAUGGACAUAAGCGUCGUGGGUCACAUGACCCAAGUAUGCUCAAUCGAAUAAGCAUGUAUGAUAAUAUGGGAUCCCCUGUGCGCAGUGCGAGUGAAAGGUACGGACAACGUGUCCACUUCCGGGACGGUGUGAGGUCCUUACAAAGAGAUCCCUUAAAACUAAAAACGCCAGAAGAACCAGAAACCCCAGAUGAAGAGUUGUCUUCAGCCAAGGAGGAGCUGGACCAUAUCCUUCAUGAGCUGUUCGAGAACAUAAAUGGCCUGAAUGAGGCUAUCUAUGGCAAAACCAAUAAUGAGGAGGAGAAAGAUUCAUCAUUCCUGGAGGUGGAGAGGGCGCCGUCACUGCCGAUGGAGGAAGAUGUGAGUGUGGACCACGAAGAAGAAGAGGUGACACACGACAAUGACAUCAGCAGUCAACUGUCCUCGUCACAGGACGCCAGCGAUCAUGAUGACAUUCCAGCUGAGGAGUUACCCCCUGAUGACUCCCUUGACAACAUUGAGGGCCGUGAACGCCGUGAUUCCGGUGUGGGGUCAUCUUUAACCAGAGCACCAAGUGAUAAAAAGAGGAAGAGGAUUCGCUGGCACAGUUUCCAAAAGUGCCACCGACCAAGUCUCAACAGCCGAGACUUGCAGAUCGCGGCACUCUCUGUCCGCCAACUCAUGGUGCUACGUAAACUAUCCCUCCUCAAGCUGACAGCAAUCAUGGAAAAAUACUCUCCGACCAACAGGACCGGAUGGAACUGGAUGGUUCCGAGGUUCAUGAAGCGCAACAAGACGCCAGACUACAGUGACAAGAACGUGUUCGGUCUGCCGCUUCACAUGACGCUGCAGCGCAGUGGCCAACCUCUUCCACAGUGCAUCCUCUACGCUAUGCGGUACCUCCGCAAAGCUGCCGGGGACGCACUGGGCAUCUUUCGCAAAUCUGGAGUCCGUUCACGCAUCCAGAAAUUGAGGAAUGACCUUGAGGCUCAUCCUGAAAUCAUGGACUUUGAGGAGAUGCAGGCGUAUGAUGUAGCAGACGUACUGAAGCAGUAUUUUCGAGAGCUGCCCGAGUGUCUGCUCACAAACAAACUGUCUGAGACCUUCAUCAGUAUCUUUACUCACGUACCAAGUGCUCUGCGUAUUGAAGCAAUCCAGGCAGCCAUUGUUCUACUCCCCGAUGAGAACCGGGAAGUGCUGCAAUCGCUGCUGCUCUUCCUCAGUGAUAUCUCCCAGCAUGCUGAUGAGCAUCAGAUGACAGCCAGCAACCUAGCUGUAUGUUUCGCCCCAUCCUUGUUCAAUAUGUGUGGAAUCCGAAAUAACCAGACAGCAAGUCCGAAGCGCAACCGCAAGAACCUGGGUGCGCCCGAGGCACGAGACCUGUUGGAGCAGAAAGCCGCACACGAGUGUCUCACAGCCAUGGUCCUCGAAUGCAAGAAAAUAUUCAUGAUUGCACCCUGGGUGUUCAGCAAGUUGCAUCUGUCGUGCGUGGAGGGGGCCGACCCCAUGCCUUUCGAGGAGUUCUACAAGCAUCCACACCAUGAGGGCCCCGACUUCAAAUCCUAUGGCGAGGAGUGCAUACAGACAAUACUCAAGGAAUCUCAUGACAAGAACCGAGGCUGGGUCCUGUUCCUGUCUCAGAACGGCACGGAAGUCUACUAUAGGAAGCCCACAGACAGCAACCCACUGCGUGAGUGGAAGUGUACCGUGGAGAUCGAGGCGCCGCCGGUAGAAGUCCUCAACAGGGUGCUACACGAAAGGCAUGUCUGGGAUGAGGACCUGCUCAACUGGUCGGUGGUGGAGACGCUUGACAAGCAUGCUGACGUCUUUCAGUAUGUGUGUAACAGCAUGGCGCCACAUCCAACCCGCCAUUACACUCUGCUCAGAUAUUGGAGGACGGACUUGGUGAAGGGAGCAUGUGCGUUGGUGUCCACAUCAGUGGAGCACCCAGAUGUGCAUGAGAUCCAGGGCGUGCAGGCAGUAGAGCUCAUGUCUCACUUCCUGAUUGAGCCAUGCGGGUCUGGGCGAGCCAGACUCAUCCACAUCACCCGCUCCGACACGAGGGGCCGAUGUCCAGAGUGGUACAACAAGUCAUUUGGCUACAUCUGCUGCAACUCCAUGGAGCGUGUCCGAGACUCCUUCCGUCAGCAGACCGACCUCCCCGAGACAAAUGUCUAGUGCUUUAUUGAACCAUGACAAGGGCAGCCAUUGCCUAGCACAGUGUGUGCCGAUAUUAUGGAUAGAUGACUGAGGAUGAAGCUCCUUGCUUGAAAUAUACCGUAGAUGGAGUAGCAGGAAGCCUAGCUGAUAUUACAGAUGUCUCGUGUUCACGUCUGCUUGUGAUGUCUGUUGAAUGAGUAGCGUGCACUGUGACUGCUCCACACAGGGCUGUGAUGAGACUUGUGCCUUCUGUAAUCUUGGGGAAGUUGAUAUUGUGAGUGUGAAGACGAUAAUUCAGCUGUUCAAGUUCUGUAGCGAGGACAAAUUGUGUUCACUGAUCAACUUCAUGGAUUACAAGGGACGGGUUGGUUUGCUACCAAUCCUGCGGCUGAAACCUUGCGAGCAUGGACUAAGUCAGUUGUUGAAUAGUGCUUCUGGAUAUUACUGAGAUUGAUGCUUGAGUGAUGCUAGUUCAUCUGUGUAGGUAAAGACUAACUGCAUCCUAUGGGUUGCCUAGGCAACAAAAGAGUUGCCUUGACAACAGGUGCAUAUGGACUAGAUGAUAAAAUGGCAGCUAGAUGCUUUUCGGAGAGAAUGUAUUAUUCAGGGCCCUCCAGUUAAAUAGUGUGCCAUGAUUGAAGUAAGGGGCACUGAGUCUAUGUCGUGAUACACAGAGCAUAACUAUAAAGCAUAAAUACAUUGUACAAUUUUGUUGAUAACAUACACAUGUUACUGCUGUACAUAUUUGUUACAAAGUAUGGAAGACUGAGGAGGACAACAUCACAAGAAUUGUGUUCUAUUUAUAUAUUAAGUAAUGGGCAAUUAUGUGUUCCAUACAUUGUGAUUAGCUGGUGUUACACUGUCACAAGGGAAGGUUAAAGAAUGUUUUUGUCCAGUUCUGCAUCAGCUCUGACUGUAUUCUUCCGGCUGUAGGACCUGGGCAGGAGGUGUGUAUGUAUAUUUUGGCAGCAAUGGAGAUCCAUACUAUGUUGGCUUGGGACUCCAUACAUUAGAGUAGAACAUUUCAGUUGGUGCUUUGGAGAAGCUGAAACAAAGAGAUUUUCUGUACCUACCUCAUUAAUUUGUUAAGAAUGGUGAAAGGUUUAUUCAGUAAUUAAUUAGUGUCCAAAAUCAACUUGGAUUUUGCAUCAAGCUGGACGAUUGAGUGCUAAUGUUGAAAUUAAUUUGUUAUUCAAGGGGAUGAGUAAUCAAUACCUGCCAAGGCAUUUGAAAUAUCACACUUUCUGAGUUAUAGUGCUAUGUGGAUAUAUCCAUUGCCUUCAGUUCUAGUCGCAGAUGAUGUAGUAACAUACAUACAAGAUUGUACACACAAGUAUGAUAUAAGAUUGUACACGCAGAUAUGAAUGCAAUCGCCGUGCAGCAUUGUUGGAAACAUUAACCCAUAAUCUUUGUGAAUCUUCUUUCAAUUCAGGUAUUAUUCAGCCGAAAAGUACACUCACUUCUUCAGCUUUAACUUUUCACUCAACUCAACUAUUCACUAUCUCUGUGAUAUCAUCAUUUGAGAUGAGUGAUAUCACCUACUUCUCCAUGUGAUAACAGUGUAAUGUGUUCUACAUUGUAGCAGUGAGACCAUGUAAUACUAAGAGACAUAAUAGUGUACAAUACUGAUAUAUAGACUGCUUGUCAGUGUACCAACAAGCUACAGGCCAAAGUUGUACAUUUCUAGAUGCCAUGAUACAUGCAUUUAACACCACUGUACCUCUCAUUCACCUGUAUAAUAGCACCAUCGUCUGUUUAUGUGUACAUGUCAUUGAUCAUAACUCCUAUAUGCUGCCAUUCAUGGCCAUGGUAAAUAAAUAUGACAAAUAAAAA